CCUUUUAGCUUUAUUUAUUAUUAUAACAGAUAGAUUUCUCUAGCUUUUCCUUAUCAUUGGCUACAAGCUUUCGAAUAGAAGUGGGAUUUUAUAGAGGAAAUUUGUGGAGAAUGGAAAAGAAAAGGCGAUCCUGGGCUUGUACUUUUGUUCUGCAAGUCUCUCUCUUGAUUGCCUUCUACCUUGCUCUCAACUUGGGUCAGCCUCAGAAGUCCAUUUUUCAAAACAGAAAUGGCACUAGCAGUAGCAGAAGACCUCUUGAUGUUUACUUUCUCAGCGUUAGAGGAGGAUAUAGACCCCUUAAACAGCAAAACCAUCUUCUCAAACAGAUGGAGAGAGUGGCAAGCUUUUACAGAGCUAGGUUUGUUGUGAACGUUAGUGAGCUGGGAGAAGAUGAUCCACUCACACAGAAUGCAAGCAGGCUCUUCCCACCACAGAAAGUUCCCUGUGCUUGUAGGUACUCUACUAAAGUCUCAAAUGAUGGGAAAGUUGGAUGCUUCCUGGAGCAUGUCAACAUUACUAGUGGAAAAAUGCUAACAGUUGUUGGUUUGGACACUGGGUCGUUUCAGGAUUCGAUGCUCAUGGGAUCAACGAGUGACUUUAAGAAUAGGCAGUUAAAUUGGCUGACACAAUCACUAGAAGCAACCACUGACAACUGGAUCAUAGUUUCUGGAUUUCACCCUGUGGUUAUUUGUGACAAGGAGCAACUGGAAGCAAAGCAAAUUAAUGGCCCUCUGCAUAAUAUCUUUAUGAAACAUGGAGUGAAUGUGUACAUGAGCAGCCAGGGCUGCACUAGUCGCACCGUUCAAGGUGGAGUGGCACACAUAGGCAUUGCGGAUCCAACUGGUAGUGAACCUUUGGUUAAUUUAAAUGGAAGAUUGGCUAUUCAAAAAGAGAUGAUUAAUGAUGGGUUUCUUCUCCAUAGAGUUAGCUCCCUCGAGAUUACAACCUAUUUUGUGAGCUCAGCAGGGGAGAUCGUGAACGAAGCUGUAAUCACACAGCACGGUAAGGAGGUCGUGUAAAUUAAAAAUUUUGAGGACCAAGCUUCGUCCAUUGUUGAAGUCUGGUGCAUUUGCUUCGUCAACCAUUCCUUUUGCCAGAACUGGGUUUUUUGGGUGUAAACUUCAUCGUGUUUAAACUAGCCUCCAACAUUUUGGCCAUCUUGGAUAGGUGAUUGUUCGCCUCUUGUUCCCUCCAAACUUCCAAUUCAUUGAAGCGGAAAAGAUAGAAUACAUUGAUGUUUUUGAAAAUGUGUUAUUUAUUAAUUAAUUUUUAAAGUGUUUUUUUUUUAAUAUAUUAAAAUAAUAUUAUUUAAUUUUUUUAAAUUGUUUUUGAUAUUAAUGUAUUAAAAUGAUUUUAAAAUAUUUUAAAAAUAGAAAAACAAACGAGUUCUAUGGGUUGCCGGGAUUUAAACGGUAGAACUCUAAUUUCUAAGAAAAAAAAUGAAAUCAAUAAUAUUUUAUAUUUUCUCCAUUGGCUUCCAAGUCACAGAACAAGGGCAUUUUUGAAUGAAUCAAUCCCAUAUUUGUAAAUGACCAAGACACCCUCUAGAGUAGCUCCACUCACCCAAUAUCACCCCCAGAAUCAAGGCCAAAACGGUAAGAUUCGCAAAACCAGGCCACUAUAAAACCCUAGCAAAUCCUGCCAGUUAGGUUUGGACACUCCCUGGAAAAGAAGGAAAGAAUGAGGCCCUCUUUUCUUCCUGCCCCUUGCUUGCAUUAUAGAGCCGAUGAUUUCUUACCGUUAAGAGAAAAUCAACCGUGCUUCAUUUCUUUUUCUUUAUUUAUUUCUUUUUUUUUCCCGUCAUUUCUUCUCUGCUCUUCUUCUCUCAAUAAAAUGAGGCUGUGAUGAUAUAAAAAAAAAAAAAAAAGCUUUCUUUUCCGGGAAUGUCUAAUCAGGCAAAUGGAGAAGGUGGGUGCCCGUUUAUCUUGGCGGGGUGACCCGGAUGGUAUGUGAAAAUGACCUUUUUAUGGGUGUUUUUUUAACGGGCAACCGGUUGUUGCAGCCAUGGUGGUGUCUCACUUCUCAAUGUCUGAUUAUCAUAUGCUGAUCUGAGCCUCA